GAAGUACAGAGGGCGAGUUUGACCGUUUUUUUGUUUGAAGUUUGUGUUUGUUUUAUGUUUGCGAUUCAAAACAAGGCGACCAAUGGGCGCGCGCAGGACGUAACCGGGAUGGAAAUGCGCGUGUCGUCACGCCUGCGUCACCCGCUGGUGGAAGCGCUGAGCUCGAUAUAAGUACAUGUUUAAAGAGAAAAUCGAUAUUUUGUUUCUUUUUUGUUUCUUUUUUUUUUUUAUUCCGCCGGAAAUUUGCGGCCGCGUCAGCGAGGGGUUCCGGCUCGCUUGGAGACGUGUUUGCAAUGGACACCUCCUGAUGCUCUACAACAGGACAAUGAACUUGGCUGUCCUGUCACAUGGACACUGAUAGAAGCCAAACCUCUAUGCAACACUUGCAGCUGAUUGCAUAAUGGACUACUUUGGUGACCCCAACAUUUUCGAGGAUUGUUUUUCCUCAGACCAUGUUUCUUUGGCGGAUGAGCUGGACCUUGGCUCAGGGUUCGACCCUCUGCAGCUCAAUGCGGUGGAUGCUGAGAAACACCCUGGAAUGGUGGCAGGUUCCAUGCCAUCUGCUAACCAGCAUGGGGUAGACUACCAUCAACAAAUGGGGCAGUUUGAUGGGAUGAAAGUCCAGACGACCAUGGCACAGUCUUAUCCUACCCAAGGAGGAGACAGCAGUGUCGGAGGCGUUUUCAUUAACGAGCAGUCCCAUUUUCAGGACACAACCAUAAAUCCAGCUGCUCAGACCAACGGACUGUAUCCCAACAGCAGUCCGAUAUGGGGGGAACGGAGAGCAAAUGCCUACCACCAUCAGCAGCUUCAGCAUCAGCAGCAUCAACAGCUUCAACAGCAACGGCAGAAACAACAGCAACUGCGUCAGCAUCAGUUUCAGGAACAUUUUCAGCAUCGUCAAGGCCAACAACGCCAUCAGUUCAAUCAGCAGCAUUCACAUCUACAACAUGGUCAGCAGGUUUUGAGCCAGCAGCAGCUGCCAGCUCAGCACCAGAUCCGGCAACACAUUAACCCCCAGAUUUUACACCGGCAAACAAAGAGUUAUCCAGACCAUACAAACUUUUACUACCAGGGGAAUGUUCCAACCCACCAAAGUCAUCACAGGUCAAUCAAUUCAGAGGGAAGCCCUUUUCAUCCGGGGGUUGAUCCACAAUCUAAGUCUUACCUUGAUGUACCGAUGAUCGCGGCAACAUCUCAGCAACAAAGCGGGUUUGAGAUGGCUCAAACGGUACAAGGGUUUCACGGCGUUUUCAACUCCAAUGGUAAUAAUCUUGGGUACCAUGUACAGUCUUCCCCUGCGGCCUAUACCCUGUCUUCCUGUUCAGCCAAUAUGGCUUCUUCUUAUCCUUCCUCUCAGUAUUCCUUUUCUGGUCAACCUCCUUCUGUCGUAACUUCAUCACAGCCUCACGGCACCAUUCCACCUGGUUCUGAAAUCGGUCCCGGGAACUCCAGCUGCCUGUUCAUGGCAGAUCAUUUAAUGGAACAGCAGCAAAAGGGCCCAGGAAGCCAUCCUCAGGCGUGUCCUUUUCGUUCCCUACAGCCUUCUAAGCCAGUCCAGAAUGCUUACGGUGGUUCUGAGAUGUUCUCCGAAGGCCUAGCUUCUUUUUCCACAGCAAAUGGACCUUUCUCAAAUGAGAUGGACAACAACCACGGCGUCAGCGGUAGUGGAUUUCAGGGUCUGGAUGAGGUCUCAUUGCUAGAUCAUCAGCAUGGAGGCAUUGGAGCAAUAGGAGAAGGUCAUAAUAUCCUGGAAGAAGAGCUGUUGCCUGAGCUUGAAGCUUUUGUUCAGGAAGAGACAGCUGGGUGGAAUAAUACAAGGCACGAUGAAGAAACUCGAGGAAAAGCAGUAAAUCAUCUGGAACGAGAGAAAAACAUGGAUUUUAAGGAUUCACUAACUUUGCAUUAUGCGGCACAGCCUCCGAAAAACACUAAUGGUUCAAGCAACCAGGCCCGACUGGUCAGCCCGCCGAUGAAGAGCAGUUCCUCCUCCUCAUCUUCUUCGUCGUCCUCUUCGUCUUCCUCGUCCUCGUCCUCUCACUCGUCCUCGUCGGAGAAGCGCGUCCCCAAGCGGCUGCAGCAGAUGGACACGGCGACGCCGUCGCUGGAAGAUAAACAGCAGAAAGCCAACCGCAUCAUCUCAGAGGCCAUCGCCCGAGCGCGCGAGCGCGGCGAGAAGAACAUUCCGCGUGUCAUGAGUCCUGAGAGUUUCCCCAGCUCGUCCCAGCUGCACAAGCGCAGAGCGGGAUCCUCGAAAUCCAAGGUGAAGAAGGGCUGCAAAAGCGCCAGAAUCAAGUCUCCCAGAGAAAAGCAGAAGAGUCUGAUCAAGAAAAUUGUGAUAAAGAUCGGGAAGAAGAAGAAGCGCAAGACGGAAUCCUCAGACGAGCUCACAGACGAUGAACCACCGCCUCGACGACCCUCGAAAGACGACGACUCGAAGCGUCGCUCAAACAGACAGAUAAAGAGGAAGCGGUACGCUGAGGAACAUGAGGCCCGGCUGUCUGAUGAGGAAAUGAAGGUCAUCGCUAAAGCCAAGAAGAUCAAUACGAACACUCACAAAGAGCCUGCAGUACAGCUGUUUGUGGAGAACCCCAGUGAGGAAGAGGGAGCUGUGGUGGAUAAAAUAAUGGCUUCUCGGAUAGCGAAGAAAGAGGUGUCUCCAGGGGUUGUCAUUGAAGUGGAGGAGUUUUUUGUAAAAUACAAAAACUACUCUUAUCUGCAUUGUGAAUGGGCUACAGAGCAGCAGUUGGUGAAGGACAAGAGGAUCCAGCAGAAAAUCAAGCGCUUUAAGAUUAAACAGGCGCAGAGAGCGCACUUCUUUGCCGAUAUGGAGGAGGAUCCAUUUAAUCCUGAUUACGUAGAGGUGGACAGAGUCCUGGAGGUCUCGUACUGUGAGGAUAAGGACACUGGAGAGCCGGUGGUGUAUUACCUGGUGAAGUGGUGCUCAUUGCCGUAUGAAGACAGCACGUGGGAGCUCAAGGAAGACGUAGAUCAGAGUAAGAUUGUGGAGUUUGAGCAGCUGCAGGCAGCGAAACCAGACUCCAGAAGAAUGGAGCGCCCCCCAGCGAGUCACUGGAAGAAGCUGGAACAAUCGAGGGAGUACCGGAACGGGAACAGUCUCAGGGAAUACCAGUUGGAAGGCGUCAACUGGCUGCUCUUCAACUGGUACAACAGGCGUAACUGUAUCUUGGCUGAUGAGAUGGGUUUGGGGAAAACCAUCCAGUCGAUCACGUUCCUGGACGAGAUCCACUCGACGGGGAUCAAGGGGCCGUUCCUGAUCAUCGCACCGCUCUCCACGAUCGCCAACUGGGAGCGCGAGUUCCGCACGUGGACCCACCUCAACGUCAUCGUCUAUCACGGCAGCGCGCUCAGCCGUCAGAUGCUGCAGCAAUAUGAGAUGUACUUCCGAGACGCUCAGGGCCGUGUGGUGAGAGGUCUAUACCGGUUUCAGGCGGUUAUCACAACGUUCGAGAUGAUUUUAGGAGGCUGCCCCGAGCUCAACGCCAUCGAGUGGCGCUGCGUGAUCAUCGACGAGGCUCAUCGGCUGAAAAACAAGAACUGCAAGUUGCUGGAGGGCUUUAAACUCAUGCGCCUGGAGCAUAAAGUGUUGUUGACUGGGACGCCGCUGCAGAACACCGUGGAGGAACUGUUCAGUCUUCUGCACUUCUUAGAGCCCACACGCUUCCCUGCUGAAAGUACCUUCAUGCAGGAGUUUGGAGACCUCAAGACAGAGGAACAGGUCCAGAAGCUGCAGGGCAUACUGAAGCCAAUGAUGCUCCGCCGCCUGAAGGAGGACGUCGAGAAGAAGCUGGCUCCUAAAGAAGAGACGAUUAUCGAGGUGGAGCUCACCAACAUCCAGAAGAAGUACUACCGUGCCAUUUUAGAGAAGAACUUCUCCUUCCUGGCCAAAGGAGCCGGCCAAGCCAACGUCCCCAACCUGGUGAACACCAUGAUGGAGCUGAGGAAGUGCUGCAAUCACCCCUACCUCAUCAAGGGCGCAGAGGAGAAGAUCCUGGAGGAUUUCCGUGAGGUUUGCAGCCCCUCAGCCCUGGACUUCCACCUGCAGGCCAUGGUGCAGUCCGCUGGAAAACUCGUCCUCAUUGACAAGCUGCUUCCUAAAAUGAAGGCCGGCGGCCACAAAGUGCUCAUCUUCUCUCAGAUGGUGCGCUGCCUCGACAUCCUCGAAGACUACCUCAUCCAGAGACGAUACCUCUACGAGCGGAUAGACGGGCGCGUGCGCGGAAACCUUCGCCAGGCUGCGAUAGACCGUUUCAGCAAGCCCGACUCGGACCGCUUCGUCUUCCUGCUGUGCACGAGAGCUGGGGGCCUGGGCAUAAACCUCACUGCUGCUGAUACCUGCAUCAUCUUUGACUCGGACUGGAAUCCUCAAAAUGACCUGCAGGCCCAGGCUCGAUGCCACAGAAUUGGCCAGAACAAGGCGGUGAAGGUGUACCGGCUCAUCACGCGAAACUCGUAUGAGCGGGAGAUGUUCGACAGAGCCAGUCUCAAACUGGGAUUGGACAAAGCUGUGCUGCAGAGCAUGAGUGGGCGAGACAACAGCCUCGGAGGAGGAGGGACGAUCCAGCAGCAGCUUUCUAAGAAAGAGAUCGAGGACCUGUUGAGGCGCGGUGCAUACGGGGCACUCAUGGACGAAGAGGACGAAGGCGCCAAGUUCUGCGAGGAAGACAUCGACCAGAUCCUGCAACGCAGAACUAAAACCAUCACAAUCGAGUCGGAGGGACGGGGGUCCACUUUCGCCAAGGCCAGUUUUGUAGCCUCUGGGAAUCGCACAGACAUUUCACUGGACGAUCCCAACUUCUGGGAUAAAUGGGCAAAGAAGGCCGAGAUCGAUCUGGACACCGUCAACGGCAGAAACAGCCUCGUGAUCGACACGCCAAGAGUAAGAAAGCAGACGCGGCCUUUCAGCGCCACUAAGGACGAACUGGCCGAACUGUCAGAAGGCGAGAGCAGCGGAGACGACAAGCCCAAACUGAGACGGCCGCACGACCGCCUCAACAGCUACGGACGCACAGAGUGCUUUAGGGUAGAGAAGAACCUCUUAGUUUAUGGGUGGGGCCGCUGGAGGGACAUCCUGCAGCACGGCCGUUUUAAGAAGCAGCUGGCCGAGAGAGACGUGGAGUGGAUCUGCAGAGCGCUGCUCGCCUACUGCUUAGUGCACUACAGAGGCGACGACAAGAUCAAGAGCUUCAUGUGGGACCUAAUCGCUCCGACAGAAGACGGCAGAGCCAAAGAACUCCAGAACCACUUAGGACUUUCUACACCGGUUCCUCGGGGCAGGAAGGGGAAGAAGAUGAAGACUCAGUCCAGCGGGUUUGACAUUCAGAAAGCCGAGUGGCUCAGGAAGCACAACCCGGAGCACAUGCUGUCUGACGACGGAUACAAAAAGCAUCUUAAGCAUCACUGUAACAAGGUGUUGUUGAGGGUGCGAAUGCUGUACUAUCUGAAACAGGAGCUGAUUGGUUCUCAGUGUCAAAAAGUUCUGGAUGGAGUCGAUGCGAGCGAGAUAGACAUCUGGGUUCCUGAGCCGGAUCAUUCAGAGCUUCCUGUUAUGUGGUGGGACAUGGUCGCAGACAAGUGUCUACUGAUAGGAGUCUUCAAGCAUGGUUAUGAGAAGUACAACACUAUUCGGGCAGAUCCCGCUCUGUGCUUCUUAGAGCGGGUCGGCCGGCCGGACGAGAAGGCCAUCGCUGCUGAACAGAGAGCAAACGACUUUAUGGACGGGGAUGGUGAUGAUCCAGAGUACAAGCCUGCUCCUACUUUACUUAAAGAUGAUAUGGAGGAUGAUGCGUCCUCUCCUGGCGAUCUGAUCAUAACAGAUACGGGAGGAGAAGGCGGGUCCAUGCUGGACGUCGGAGGCAGUUCCUUGGGCGUCGCAACGGGAGCGUACUGGCCGUCUUCGUCCGCCUUAACGGCUCGGCUGCGGCGCCUGAUCACUGCUUCACAACGCUUCACCAAGAGCAGACAGAUCCUUCAGAUCCACCAGACGCAGCAAACCAUGACCCCUGACAUUUGCCCCAUGCCCCCCAUGCUUACAGAAGCCAUCAAUCCCAAAAUUGCUGCCAAGAUCGAGCGGCAACAAAGGUGGACCAGGAGAGAGGAGGCAGAUUUCUACCGCGUGGUGUCCACGUUCGGCGUCGUGUUCGAUCCGGAACUGGCCCGCUUCGACUGGACCAAAUUCAGAGCCAUGGCUCGGCUGCACAAGAAGACAGAUGAGAGUCUCCACAAAUACCUCUGCGCUUUCACUGCCAUGUGCAGGCGGGUCUGCCGCCUACCACCGAGGGAGGGCGAUACAGAUGAUCCGACGCUCUCCAUCCAGCCGAUCACAGAAGAGCGCGCCUCGCGUACGCUGUAUCGAGUUGAGUUGCUGCGGCAGAUUCGGGAACAGGUUCUGCGCCACCCUCAGCUCUUCGAGCGCCUGGCGCUGUGCCAGGCCAGCUCAGAUCUGCCCGUGUGGUGGGAGACAGGCACUCACGACCGCGAUUUGCUGAUCGGCGCGGCCAAGCACGGAGUGAGCCGGACUGACUACCACAUCCUCCGAGACCCCGAGCUCAGCUUUAUGGCGGCCCAGAGAAACUACAGCCAAAACAAGGGAGCGCCGGCACAAAGCCAAGCCCAAAACCCGGCCCUGCUGCUCGGACAGACGCGCACCCCGACCCCGUUAUUAGCACAGAGCCAGACUCCUGGGGCUUCACCUUUACCACUAACUAACUCCAUCCCUAGGGAGGUUACGCCCAAGGAGGAGGGAGAGGACGAGGCAGGGGCACAGAGCUGGCCUUCCCUCAGGCCUCCCACACCUACAGGAGAAGGGCCGAAAGAAGGAGACAACGAAAGGCAGAUGGAGGCAGCCAGGACGAAGCCGCUCGCGCCCAACCCCGAGAGUCGGAAGCAGAAGAAACUGAGCAAGAGAAGUCGCAAAGAGGCGAGGAGGAGGUCCGGGUCAGACACGGAUUCGGACGCGUCUUCCUCAAGCUCCUCAUCCAGCUCGUCGUCCAGAUCCUCGUCUUCGUCCUCGUCCUCAUCGCGGUCAGGGUCCAGUUCCUCGUCCUCGUCGUCUUCCUGCUCUUCCGGUUCAUCGUCUUCGUCAUCGUCGUCCUCAUCUUCUGAAGAGAGCGAUGGAGAAGAGGCUUCAAAGAACACUGCAGCGGUGCCCGGCGUUAAAGGCUUUGACGAGGACAGCAUAGCAUCCCAUAGCACUACACAUGAUGACAUGCAGGACAGUCACGUGACCAACGGUGUCGCUAACCUCUCCCACCCCUUCCAUGGUGGAGGCUACAUGCUCGCCGCUUCCUACUGGCCAAAGGACCGUGUUAUGAUAAACCGACUGGACAGUAUUUGUCAGGCGGUGUUGAAGGGAAAGUGGCCCGGGGCUCGGCGUGCGUAUGAGGGAAGUGCUGCAGUGUCUUCGUUCUAUACCACUAAGCUCAUGGACCACGCUGCCAAUCUGGCAGAUGACCCCGCAGCCUCUCCUCAGGGUUCAAAGGUGAAGAAGCAUGAUGCAGACAGAGAAAAGGAGUUCUCAGUCAAAAUAAAUGACCAGGAAGGCAGUCUGAAACUGACUUUCCAGAAGCAGGGAUUGCCACUGAAGCGCCCUCUAGAUGGAGAGGAGGGACCUCUGGCCCAGCAGCAGUAUCUGGCUAGACUGCAGGAACUACAGAGUGCGUCUGAUAGCAGCCUGACUGACUACACUAAAACACAGAACAGUUAUCCACAAGCCCUGAGUGGACAAAUGCGACUGAAUGGAAUGGUCAAUGAUCAGCCAGUGAUGAAGAAGAGGAGAGGGAGAAGGAAGAAUGUAGAAGGGAUGGAUCAUCUGUUCAUGAACAAGAACAGACCUACUGUGAUGGUGGAUCAGGUCCCUCAAGGAUGGAGCAGGAUCACAACCCCUGCUUCAACCCCCGGCACCUCUAAGGCUGUUGGACCGGUGGACACCGAGACCCGAGUCCCUGUCAUAAACGUGAAAGAUGGAACACGGCUUGCCGGGGAUGACGCUCCCAAAAGGAAGGAUCUAGAUCAGUGGCUGAAGGAGCACCCAGGCUUCGUGGCAGAUGUUGGAGACUUCAUUCCGGGGCUGAACAAGAUCCAGUUUCAGGACGGACGGCCGAAGCAGAAGAGACAUCGCUGUAGAAAUCCUAAUAAGAUUGAUGUCAACAGCCUGACAGGAGAGGAAAGAGUCCAAAUCAUUAACAGGAGGAACGCUCGCAAGAUCGGUGGUGCGUUUGCUCCUCCUUUGAAGGAUUUGAGUCGAUUCCUCCAGGAAAAUCCAGAGUAUGGAAUUCCGCCUGAAUGGGCAGAUGUUGUCAAACAGUCGGGCUACCUCCCGGAGAGCAUGUUUGACCGCAUCCUUACAGGUCCUAUUGUACCGGAGGAGGUGAGCAGACGAGGUCGUCGGCCCAAAAACGCUCUGGCCAAAGUGACUAACACCGCUAAUGCUAACGCCAGCGCGGCUCUCGGCGUCGGUCCCCUACUAAGCAACGGGCUCAUCUCCGGCCUGGACAUGAACAGCCUGCAGGCCCUGCAGAGCCUUCAGAGCUUCCAGCUGACCGCAGGACUCAUGGGCCUCCAGACUGACCCUGCCAACAUGGCUGCCAUGCUUCCCAUGAUGCUCUCGGGAAUGGCCGGCCUGCCCAACCUGCUUGGGAUGAGCAAUCUGCUGGGAAAACAGGAAGCUGCCUCUGGCGAGGAUUCAGGGAAGAAAAGCGGCGGGGAAGCGGCGGCUCAGACCUCAGAGAUCCAGUCGGAGAGGACAGAAAGUCCAAGCUCGACAAGUGCUUCAGCCUCAGGCCAAGCGUUGGCCCUCAACCCCCUGCUGCUCUCCAGCAUGCUUUACCCAGGGAUGCUUCUCAACCCAGGCCUUAACAUGCCUGUGGCCAAUCAGGCACAAGCUACAAGUCCUCAGCCCGGCCCUCCAGCUCAGGCCGCCUCCUCCUCCGACGCCACACACAAAAGCUCAGGCUGCUCGGAGAAGGACGCGGAGGACGAAGGGGAGGAGCCUGAAGAGCAGAAGGACAUCAGUGGUCCAGAGGGCUCGGGGAAGGCGGAGUCGUCUUCCUCAGACGCAGAAGGCUCGUCUUCGUCUUCGUCAUCAGAGGACUCUGAUUCCACUGACGAAGACUGAGCCUUUAUAUAUAUUCUAUAAAUAAAUAUAAAUACAUAUAUAUUUAUAUUACAUCUCUUAGAAAUGUACACAUGUAAACACGUAUAUAUAAGAGCACUUACAAAAUGAUUUAGGUUUGUGUUUUUUUUUUUUUUUCCCGUGUAAAUAUGAGAACGAAAGUGUUGUGUAAUAAAGAUGGCAGGGGAGGGGCUUGGGGGAUAAAAAAAAAAAAUGACGGAACUCCACAAAUGCUGAAAUGAGAUUUCGGUGUUUGUUUAGGUACAGCGUUUGUUUGAUUAAAAAAAAAAAAAAAAAACGAAAAGACAUUUUGCAUGUCCGGGAAGUUUAGUAGUUUUUUUGUUUGUUUGUUUUUUGGGGGGUGAACUUGUAUUGCACAGUGAUGUACAAUUGCAGAAGACAAGAAUUCAAAACGAAAAUCAUUGGCAUUACUGUAUGAGUUAUAUUGGGAUUUAAUUUUAUUAAAAACAAAGAAGAAAAACCAGGACGUUAUCGCUCAAGCCGAGCUGUAUAAUUAAUAUAUUUUGUGUGGAAGAAACAGAACUUGACUAUUUUUUUGUUUGUUUGUUUGUUUUUUUCUUCUUUCUGGUAAAUAAUUUUGCAGGAUCAUACGACAUCUGAAUUUCAGACAGUCCGGUUCUUUAUAACUUCAGCAAUAACACAGGCAGCUAACGAAUGUCACUGAAGCUGUAGAUAACGCAGUCACCGUGCUCCACUCUCCAUUCUUCCCUCAUCCUUCUUUCCUUCCUACUUUUUUUUUUCCUUUUACGUUUCAAACUUUUACAAACAAUAGUAUUUCUGUCUUAUACAUAGCGUUUCUUGUUUGUACUCUGUGUUCCCACUUUUUUUUUCUCUUUUUUUUUUUGGUAUCUCUUUCCAUAAAAAUACAACCAAAAUCCAUAAUUUAAAAGUUGGAUCAUGAAAUGGACCAGGAUAUUAUCAGUAUAAGUGUAAUGCUAUUACAGUACUUGUCAGGUGAUGUAGAUGUAAGGAUUGUCUAAGGCUGCGUUUCUGAAGGAAAUGAAAUCUAGUUGUGUGUGCGUGUGUUCUCAUACCAAAUGUCAUUCCGUAAUAAACUGGAAUAACGCUGGUAAAAUGAAUCAAGUGUUCCUGGAAAGGCUUUUGUGGGAAAGCAAACAAACAUAAAAAAGACAAAAACAUGCGAGUAUGUGCUGCGUCAUGUUGUAGUACUACAGGGCUCGAACCUACAAUGCCUAUUUUAGAGUGUGUGUGUGUGUGUGGGAGCAACAUAUAGGCCCCUUGUUUUUCCUCUAAAUCAGCUGGCUUCCUUUAGCAUGUGUUUGUGUGUCUCUCUCUCUCUCUCUCUACACGCAUCCAUUAAUCCUCCUGCUAAUUUGUGGCAUGUGCUGCUUUUAUGUUGCGUCGUCUUUCAUAACCACGAUGCUCCUUUAUGAUGGUCCUGCUUUCCAGAACAUUUAAAGUAUUGGUAUAAUGUUUGUAGGUAUAAAUAAAUUUUAAAAAGGCAAGUUAAGGUAUUUAAAGCAGUCUUUAAAGCUAAUAAUCACGUUGUUGGUGUGUAUAAACAUCUCGUCGUCGGUGCAUGGGGAAAAAACUCUAGAGAAUCUAGAGUCGCAUUCUUUUCGAGAAUUUAAACUAAGAUGGUGUUAAUAUGCUGAAGCGCAGUUCCUCGGGUCCUGAGGUUGAGAAUCAGGUCAGAAAUGCAGCAUUUGUGUGUGUAUGUAUGUGUGUUAUGGGGUGUGUAAAAGCAUCAUCUCAGCUUUCUGUUGUUCGAAUCUCCAGUCGUCGAUCCGUGCAUGGAACCGUGCAUUAAAUACUGAAUCGUGCGCUAUUUAAAAAAAAAAAAAAAAAAAACAGCACGCAUUUCCUCCAGGAUCGAUUGAGGAAAAGUGCUUCAGGUCGUCACAUUCGUAGCAUAACACCUCCACGAAGGAGUUUCCAGUGCCAGUGCCAGUUUUAUUAUUCAUCGCUAAUAAUGACAUUAUGUACGAUGAUAUGUUUAACGAGCAGUAUAGUAAACUCCAGGGUUGUACGUUGGUUUGUUUUUGUUUUGCUUUGUUUUUCUUUUCACUCGACUCCUGAAGAAACCUCAGCUGUUAAGCUCCAACGUUUGAACUGAACACUUUAAUAAAAAACAUCACUGUUUCAAAUCUUUUUUUUCCCGCACUUUCCAGUCUCAUCAGUGUAUCCGCAAGUGCUGACUGACUUUUUUAAACUGCCCUUUUUUGAAAAGUGCUCUUACACCGUACCUCUGAAUCUGCCCCUCAGACACGAGGGCAGGAACGCGUUCGCAUUUCCGUACUUCUUAAAAUAGCAAUGUUUUUUUUUUUUUUCAAUAUUAUAAAUAUCAUCCUGAUUUUUAUUAUUAUUAUAAUAAUUAAUAUUCAUGGUAUCAAAUGUGUCUAAAUUAUUUGCUCCUGAGCACAUUCUGUACUUCCCAACUUGUUAACAUCUGUCUUUGCUCAUGUUAUAUAAUAAUUACACAACAAUAAUAACGAUUUCAAAUCCUUUUCUUUAUUUCACUUUUGUGAAGAAGUGUGUGUAAAACUACAUCCUGUUUAAAAAAAAAAAAAAAUCCCAUGAAAAAAAAUUAUCUUGUGAAUAUAUCUCCAAGACCGACAGCUGGCCAAUUUAUUAUUAUUAUUAUUAUUUUUACUUAUUUUUAUGUUUUAAAAGUUAGGUUUUUUCCCCACCUCCUGUUAAUCCAUCAGAUAUUACCAUUUAAUGACUAUGGUGUUGAUUUACAUAUCCAAUCCUGCACCACUGACCCUGACCAGAUCACUUCCUUCCCAACAUGCAACUUGCAAGCAGAAUAAAAAAACAACGCAUAUACACUACUGUAAAGCUGUUUUAUUUUAUUAUUAUUAUUAUUAUUUCCAACUAUGAGAAAUAGAUGUUGAAAUGACGAAUAGAAAAUGGCCUUUCUGUGUUUUUUUUUUUUUUUUCCUUAGUUAUUUUAUGCUCUUGAUAGGCGAUACUACAAAUCAUUCUUGUUUUUGUUGGAUUUUGUUCUUUGGACAGUUGCAAUAUUUGCAAAAGUUGUGCUCUUGUGUUAGAUGCAAAAAAAAAAAAAAAAAAACGGAAAAAACACACUUCAUGUAGUGGAGAUUACAUGUCUUAAGAAGUGAUUUCUAAUUUAUUGAAUUACUUUCUAUGAAGUCUCUAUAGAGAAAAAAAUUGAGGUUUAAUUAUUUUUAUUAAACGUAUUCUAACUAUCCAUGAUGUCUGUCGGUUACUCUUGUAUUUUAUUUAAUUUUUUGAUUUUCGUGUAUGAUCAUGACAAGGUUAGCUUUUUUCCCCCCUAUCUGAAAGUUACAUGCUGAAAGAUAAAAUCAAAUUAAAAUGGGUUAUAACAGAAAAA